AUGAACUACCGCUUCCAGAAUCUUCUUGGCGCUCCCUACAGAGGCGGGAACGCCGUCGUCACACAGAACACUCUGCUUAUUUCACCAGUCGGGAAUCGUGUCUCCGUCACCGACCUCAACAAGCACCACACCGUUACUCUUCCUCUCUUUACCUCUUCCAACAUUUGCCGCCUCGCUGCCUCUCCCGACGGGACUUUCCUACUCGCCGUCGAUGAAAACAACCGAUGCCUCUUCAUCAAUGUUCCUCGAAGGGUGGUUCUUCAUAGAAUGGAGUUCAAGGGUAAAGUCGGGGCCUUGAAGUUUAGUCCUGAUGGUAAGUUCAUCGCUGUUGGGGUAGGUAAGUUAGUCGAGAUAUGGCGAUCACCUGGUUUCAGUCGUGAGGUUUUCGCCUUUGAGAGGAUUAGGACUUUUGCUAAUUCUGAUGAUAGAGUUGUGUCCUUGGAGUGGAGCUUGGACUCUGAUUAUUUGCUUGUCGGCGCAAAGGAUUUAGCAGCUAGGUUGUUUAGCGUUAGAAAGUUGAAGGGUGUAUUGAAUAAGCCCUUUUUGUUUCUGGGUCAUAGAGAUUCUGUUGUGGGUUGCUUCUUUGGUGUUGAUAAAAUGACUAACAAGGUCAACAGGGCUUUCACCAUUGCGCGGGAUGGUUACAUAUUUAGUUGGGGAUAUGUUGGAAAGGAUAUCAAAUUGGAUGAAUCAGAGGAUGGCCGGUCUGAGCCACCCUCCCCUGAUACUCCAGAGAGGGGUGAUGAGGUAAUGGUGGAAAAUGGCAGUGGUAUUGGCACUGAACUUAAAAAACGAAAAAAGUAUGACGGUAGAGGUCGUGAUUCCGAGGAUGAAGGAGAUGAUGAUGGUGAAGAGUACAUGCAUAGAGGGAAAUGGGAAUUGUUGAGGAAGGAUGGGUUUAAUCAGGGUUCAGCAAAGGUGUCAGCUUGCGACUAUCACCAGGGGCUCGACAUGGUUGUGGUGGGGUUCUCAAAUGGUGUUUUCGGGCUUUAUCAGAUGCUGGAUUUCAUCUGUAUCCAUCUUCUGUCUGUUUCUAGGGAGAAGCUAACAACAGCUGUUUUUAAUGAGCGUGGUAAUUGGUUGACCUUUGGUUGCUCUAAACUCGGGCAACUGUUAGUCUGGGAGUGGCGAUCUGAAAGCUAUAUACUUAAGCAACAAGGACACUAUUUUGAUGUCAACUGUGUCACUUACUCACCCGAUUCACAGUUUUUGGCAACUGGUGCUGAUGAUAACAAAGUCAAGGUGUGGAACGUUACAUCAGGAUCAUGUUUCAUCACCUUCACAGAGCAUACCAAUGCAGUCACUGCUCUUCAUUUCAUGGCUGACAACCACUCUCUCUUAAGCGCAUCUCUGGACGGCACUGUUCGUGCUUGGGAUUUUCGAAGAUACAAGAACUACAAGACGUACACAACCCCUACACCACGGCAGUUUGUUUCCUUAACAGCAGAUCCUAGUGGUGAUGUCGUCUGUGCUGGGACCCUAGAUUCAUUUGAGAUUUUUGUAUGGUCCAAGAAGACUGGGCAAAUAAAGGAUAUUCUGAGUGGGCAUGAGGCUCCUGUUCAUGGGUUGAUGUUCUCUCCGUUAACGCAAGUUUUAGCAUCAUCCUCAUGGGACAAUACGGUUCGGUUGUGGGAUGUGUUUGCCAGCAAAGGCACUGUGGAGACGUUUCAACACAACCACGAUGUACUAACGGUUGUUUUCCGUCCUGAUGGGAAGCAAUUAGCCUCGAGUACGCUAGAUGGGCAGAUCCAUUUCUGGGACACCAUUGAUGGUGUGUUGAUGUACACCAUAGAGGGAAGGAGAGAUAUCGCUGGAGGUCGCCGCAUGACUGACCGUCAGUCUGCAGCUAAUUCAAGUUCUGGAAAGUGCUUUACAACAUUGUGCUAUACUGCUGACGGAGGCUAUAUUCUAGCCGCUGGAAGUAGCAGAUAUAUUUGCAUGUAUGACAUCUCAGAUCAGGUUCUACUGCGCCGGUUUCAGAUAUCCCAUAAUCUCUCGUUAGAUGGGGUUCUUGACUUCCUAAACUCCAAGAAGAUGACAGAAGCAGGACCAAUGGAUCUGAUUGAUGAUGACAACAGCGAUGAAGAAGGUGGCAUUGAUAAACAGACUCGGGGGAAUUUGGGUUACAAUCUUCCUGGAUCCAUGCCUAAUCGUGGCAGGCCCAUUAUCCGGACAAAAAGCCUUAGCAUUGCCCCAACUGGAAGGAGCUUUGCAGCUGCAACAACGGAAGGAGUUCUCUUCUAUUCAAUCGACGAAUCCUUCAUCUUCGAUCCAACCGAUCUUGACAUAGACGUCACACCAGAUGCUGUUGAGGCUGCCAUAAAGGAGGGUGAAGUGAGCAGAGCACUUGCUUUGAGUAUGCGUUUGAACGAAGACAGUCUCAUCAAAAAAUGCAUCUUUGCUGUUUCCCCCGUAGACAUAAAAGCUGUUGCAAUCUCUGUCAGCCAGAAAUACUUAGAACGGCUUAUGGAAGCUUUGGUGGAUCUGCUUGAGAACUGUCCUCAUCUGGAGUUUAUACUUCGCUGGUGUCAGGAAAUCUGCAAGGCACACGGGAGCUCUAUUCAGCGAAACUACAGAAAUCUACUGCCUGCACUGAGAUCACUGCAGAAGGCCAUUACCAGAGCCCACCAAGAUCUGGCAGAUAUGUGUUCGUCCAACGAGUACACGCUUCGCUACUUGUGCUCUGUUUCAAACAACCAUUGA